UCCCACCUCCCUCCCGCCGUCUACGUCGGCCCCCUCUCCGCCCUCUCCUCCUCCUCCCUCCUCCACACGGUCUCCCAAUACCUCCCCCACACCUUCCCCGACGCCGACCUCUUCUGGUCCAUCAACGGAAUCGCCGCUCCCGAUUUAACCCUCGUCUACGUCCCGGAGAACUGCCACCUACAAGACCCCAUCCACUUCCAGUACACUCCGCCGCAGCCCCCCACCACCCACCCUUCCGACACCAUGUACCUUUCCAAUCCCAGGGUCCUCGUCGUGCUCGAGAAAGGCGCACGUGCCCAUAUAACUGAAGACUUCUCCUUCGAGCAGGGGAACGACAACGACCGUUAUUGGAGUAACGCUGCUUUUGAGGCGGUCAUCGGAGAAGGUGCCAAGCUUUCUCAUUCUUACAUCCAGACACAGUCUUUCCAUGCCGCUCACACCAAAUGGACCUCCGUUCGCCAGGAUUCGUCUAGUGCUUAUGAACUCACAGAGGUAAGCGCGGGAGGAAAGCUGGGGAGGCACAAUCUUCGUAUUCAGCAAUUGGGUCCUGAUACUGUCACCGAGUUAUCCUCUCUGCACUUGUCUGUUGGUGAUCAAACGCAGGACCUGCAUAGUACUCUUGUAUUGGACCAUCCACGGGGCUAUUCUCGACAACUUCACAAGUGCAUUGUUGCUCAUUCACAGGGACAGGCAGUUUUUGACGGAAACAUUAAGGUUAACAGGUAUGCUCAGCAGACUGAUGCAGGUCAGUUAACAAGAAGUCUUCUGCUUGAACCUCGUGCGACUGUGAAUGUUAAACCAAAUCUCCAAAUUGUGGCGGAUGAUGUCAAGUGUUCCCAUGGGGCUGCAAUAAGUGAUCUGGAAGAAAGUCAGCUCCUCUAUUUCCAGGCACGUGGCAUCGACCAAAACACUGCUAGAAGAGUUCUAAUUUUUGCCUUUGGAGGAGAGGUGAUAGAUAAGUUUCCUUGUUCUUCCAUUAGAGACAGAGUACGCAGUCAUAUUAAAAAUUUGUUGGAUCCAUCCUCUAAUUGAUCAUCAUACUAGGCGUUUGUUAAAUGUAAAAUGACAAUUUGAAAUAAAAAUGAAAUUCUUUUCAUCAGAA